AAUGAUUAGUCGAGUAUUGAGAAGAUCAUUUAUAGGCAAAGCUCACUUUGGUCUAGUUUCAGAAUACAAUAGCAGAGUCAACUAAAAGUUAUACAAAGGAGUUUAAGUAUCUGAAGCACCACAAUUCUUCACAACUUCAGCUAGACCAGGAAAUUUCGGUGAUCAUAUUGAUUUCAAAGUAUAAAUGGAUAAUUGGUUUGAUGAAAACAGGUAACAAUUGCUAAAAAAAUUGAGUAUAGAGUCCAUAAUGAACAUGAGACCGAGAUUAAAAGAACAUAAAUAUAUGCAUUAAAUGCUGUCUAUUAUGGUGGAUUACUCUCUUUUGCAAGACUAUUUGCAGUAGGUCUCAUAGGUAGAAUGAAUGGAUGGAAGAGAUAUGACAGAGACACUUAUCUUGAAAUGGAGUAAUAAUUUAGCAUCUAAUUUUUUGUUUAGUAUUGGAGAUUUACCACCUGGAGAAGUCAUGUAAAUUGUAUGGAAUGGUACACCAGUAUUUAUUAGAAGAUUGACUUAAUAAGAAAUAAAGGAUGAAGAUAAUUUGCCAAAAGAAACUAUUUUGGAUCCUAGGUAAUCUAGUAACCUUAAAAUUUUAGUUCUGAAGUUGUCCUUACAAAUUGUGGUAAUACAAAGGUAUUAGUUGUGAGUGCUUUGUGUACUCAUUUAGGAUGCAUACCAAUCCCAUAUUUAGGUGCUUAUAAUGUAUUAUGCAAAUUUAUAUGAUAGGGUUGGGUUUGCAUUUGCCAUGGUUCAGUUUAUGAUAAAUAUGCAAGAGUGAGAUAAGGACCAGCGUUGUAGAAUUUACCAUUUAUUAAUAAUUCUAUAUAUGAUGAUGUUAUUGUGUGUAUCGAGGAAAUGAAAUUCCCAAGAGAACCAAGUUAAAGAUAUUGGACUUGAA